AAACAGAACCUGUCUGAGAGGAUGGAUUGACUGAAUGGAUCUCAAAAAGCAGCACAUCAUGCCUCAGUCUAAAGAAAUUCAAGAGGAGAUGAAGAUAAAGUCACUGACAUGAUCAGUCCAGAAAAGAUUACAAACCUGUUUCUAAGACAUUAAACUCCAGUGAAUCACAGUAACAGCCAAUAUCUAUGAUUGGAAAAAUCAUAGAAAUGUGGAGAAUUUUCCCAGGAGUGGAUCAGAGAUCCAUGAAGGAACCCAGAACAUUUAAAGCACAGAAACACUGAGAAUAAAUGGCACUUCUCCCAUGGACUAUCACCAUACCAGAUAAUGUUUUAGCGUUAUUAGUAAUGGCCUUAUGGCAACCAAAUUAUUGAGCUGAUCUAAAAGCAGAAAAAUAAAUAUAUCUUCUAUAGAGUUCAUAAACCAAAAUAUUGUUUUGAAGAAUCUAGAAUAAUUCACUCCAGUUUUGACCUGUAUUUUCAUUGUGGUUUACAUCUUGACUCAAUGUAAAAAAAAAAUUGCCCAAAACACAUGAAAUAAUUUAUUUGUGUUUUCAUUAUAAAAUUAAAUAUUUCAUUAAUUUUAAACUGCAUAGAGAAUCUGUUUUUAGGGGGGCAGUUCGAGCUGUUGAUAAUCAAAUCUAAUAAAUUAAUUUUAAGUUUUUAUGUUGAACGGUAGUCUAGUUUACUAGGUGAGUUUGAACGGCGCUAGCUCGACUACUGUUGCCUUAAAACACCAUGCAGAAGCCCAACGAACAGAACCUGCACAACACCGGAAGUCUUUCAAUGUUACACAUAUCCCGGUUACUUUGUAAAGAGAGAGCCAAACAUGACGUAAACAUCCUAUUCUUGUGUGUCAUUCCGCUUGCAAAAAUAGUUUCUGCGACAAAAAAAUGGCUUCUACAUCAAACUCGGAGUCGCCGUCUGUGUCUGACUUGGAAAAAAGCAGGAGUGGACUUUGCGAGGAGUUCGCCACUAUAACGGGAACUGAUAGCGCCGUGGCUCAAUGCUACCUGGCUGAAAAUGACUGGGAGAUGGAGAGAGCUGUAAACUCAUUCUUUGAGGCGGACAUGGAGAGAAUAUUUGAGGAAGACUUUCAGGAGAGUGACUGCGUCCCUCCGAAAAAAAAGCAAAAGGUCGAGGAAGAACCUUCAAAGGAGUGCAUCGAUUUGACCGGAGACAGUCCAGUUGCACGAAAGCCACCAGAUGAAGAUGAUGGCAAACUGUCCCUGAUCUCCUGGAACGUGGAUGGACUAGACACGGACAACCUGGCAGAGCGAGCCAGAGGCCUCUGCUCCUACUUAGUGCUAUACACCCCUGAUGUGGUAUUCCUGCAGGAACUCAUUCCACCUUAUGUUCAAUACUUGAAGAAACGGGCUGUCAGCUACCUCAUCAUUGAAGGUGGUGAAGAAGCUUACUUCACAGGAAUGAUGCUAAAGAAAUCCAGAGUAAAAUUCUUGGAGAGUGAGAUCGUAACUUAUCCCACCACACAGAUGAUGAGGAAUCUACUUGUAGCUCAGGUGACGUUCAAAGGUCAGAAGUUGUGCCUGAUGACUUCCCACCUUGAAAGCUGUAAAGGCCACGCUCAGGAGCGGAUGAAGCAGCUGCACACGGUGAUGCAGAGGAUGAAAGACGCUCCUGAUGAUGUCACCGUCCUGUUUGGAGGGGACACGAAUCUGAGGGACACCGAGGUAGCCAAAGUGGGCCUGCCGUCUGGCGUCUGUGACGUGUGGGAGCGACUGGGCAAGCAGGAGCACUGCCGCUACACAUGGGACACCAAGGCCAACAACAACAAGACCGUUCCCUUCGUCAGCCGCUGCCGCUUCGAUCGCAUCUACCUCCGGCCAGCCUCCAAGGAAGGAGUACCACGUCUGGCCCCGGAUCACAUGGCCCUAAUCGGACUGGAGAAGCUGGACUGUGGCCGCUACACAAGCGACCACUGGGGCCUUUACUGCAGCUUCACCGCAGGGUAGAAACACUCGAAACAGCUGGAAGCAUUUUAGCGAACAUCUGCUGCUCCGUUUUUUUCAUUGAACAUAGGCCCGAGCUGACAUUUGUUGCUUGUUAAUGUUAGGUCCUGAUUUGUUUUAUCUCCAUGCAGUUUUAAGAUGAGUUACUAAAAACAUUCGUACUGUUUGGAAACCACAGCUGAGGUCGAAAUUUCAUGCCUUCCAUCCGACUCCCAUAAAACCGCUGACAGAAAAAUACCACUGUGAGGCGUGACAGCAGCCUGAAUCUUUUCACAUGCUCCUGUCUUAAUGAGGAUGGUGACUGCAACAAGUUUUUCUCUUCACACAACAAGAAACUAAUAAAUGUACAUUUUGUUCUUAUCAAA